CCUUGCAGACUCCGCCCCCUCGGGACUGCCGAUCCUGGAUCACGUCUGGAAAUAUCAUAGUUUGAACGUAUUUUGGCCGAUGUCGAAUUUUUCGUGAGUUCGCGAUGAAUUUUCUGAGAUACCGAAGCUGCGUUUCACGCUGCUAGUUUUGAACGAACUCGAUUUGUGACUUUUGAAUUUCUGGAGAGGUACAGAGGAUUUUCCGGGUUUUCGUUGGGUAUUGCGAUGUUGGACAUUGAGCCUGCCGCCGACUACCUGAGCAGAAGUACGACGUUUGGAAAUUUUUCCAUGCUAUUUGCUGGCAAUCGAUCAAAUUCUUUGUCAGUAAGAGAAAGUUCAAUCGAUACACAUGGGCAUAUACGACAACCUGAUCCAUAUCAAAUUUUGGGGCCCACCAGCAGUCGACUAGCGAAUUCUGGAUCUGGACAAAUUCAAUUAUGGCAAUUUCUACUAGAACUCUUGAGUGAUUCUACAAAUGCAGCUUGCAUCACCUGGGAAGGUACAAAUGGAGAAUUCAAAUUGACAGAUCCAGAUGAAGUAGCAAGGAGAUGGGGAGAAAGGAAAUCGAAGCCGAAUAUGAAUUACGAUAAACUCUCUAGAGCACUGAGGUAUUACUACGACAAAAAUAUCAUGACAAAGGUCCAUGGGAAGAGAUACGCCUACAAAUUCGAUUUUCAAGGUUUGGCGACUGCAACCCAGCCUGCAAACAAUGAUCCUAAUAGUUAUAAGUAUCAGACUGAAUUGUUCAUGAGUUCGUAUCAUCAGAGCGCCAAACUGGGGGGAUUCAUGAGUUCCCAUGGGACUAUACCUAGUUCAGCAGCAUCGCUAUUUCCGUCACCAGGAUCAUACUGGAGUAAUCCAACAGCAAAUCUGUAUUCAAACAUAGCAAGCACACACUCAAUAGGACACCAUGCUGGACAUCACUUAGGUAGUUCUGCGUUAGGUUCCUAUCCCAGCUAUGCCUGACAGUCCACCCCGCCAUCAUCAAGGACUGAUUGGAUGAGAAAAAUGUCCAUAUAAUAACUUUCAAUUCUACUUGUCGAUCAGAUCAAAACUUGUAUUAGUAGAUUUCUCUUAUGGGAAGAAGCCAUCUAGAAUACAGAGAUAUUAUUUGAGGUGCUUAUUUGUUUAUGAGCAUGACUCUGAUCAAAGUUGUGAAAGUCAAUACAGAAAAGUUUUCUGUUUUAGUGGUAUUUGGAUAUCUGUUUUGUACAAUAUUACCGUAGAGCUUUUUCUAUGAGUUUCAAAGAAGAAUCCAUCAUUUCUUUACUACUAUAUUCCAUACAUGUUCGUUAUCAAAGUAUUUUUAAUCGAAUGAUUGAAUUUACUGGAUAUUUAUUGUGUAACGCUAGAUUUGCCUGUAAAAAUGCGUACAAUAAGAAAGUAGUCAUAGUUUCAAUAACUGAAUGUCAUCUGUUAUAAAUUAAUUGUCUAUUUUUUUUGUUUCAUUUUUUUUUGUGAAUAUAUCUAUGAUUCGUUUUAUACUGUGCAUAUGUAUGUUCAAUUUUAUUGAGUUGAAAUAAAAAAAUUCCCUA